GUAGCAUGGCUGCAACACAGCCCAGUGGCAGUACGAUUGUCACAACAUUUAACAAAGGUUCAUCUUCAGUUAAAGAUACCUUAACUGCUUCGGGAGUAGACGUAAAAUGGACCCGAGCUGAUUGGCUUAAUACGGAAGUUAAGUUAAAUGAUUUUGACUUGUUGGUCCUAAAGAAUCUGGUGGGUGCUGCUAGUGAUAAGCUUGAUAACGUUUCAGUUUGCACGGUAAUGGGUGAUUAUCUGUAUCAAGCUGUUCGUCCCUCUUUGAACUUAGGUAAAAUAAAGCUGCUAAAGGGUGACGAUUCUAGAGUUAAUAACAGUACUUCUGGUUUAGGAGGGAGUAUUAAACAAACUAAAAACAGAAAAGGUGGUCGGAAAGGUGGGGGGACUAAAGGCGCUAAAGGGCCUUCGAAAGCUGAUCAGAUUAGAAUGCAAAAUUCAGUCGGUGGUUUAAACACAAAAGUGGAAGUAGCUUUAAGCGCAUUUGACAGUCAUAUUGACGAAUUCCGAAGUCCAAGACUGUUUUUGGAAAAGAUCGUGGAGAUGCGGGGGAUUGGAUUUCUAUGUUGUGCAUGGUUCUUGUUGACAAAGCGGAAAAGUCUGUCUUUGGACCAGGAAUUUACUGCCUUAACUUACAGUAUCAUCGUGUCCCUAGAAAGAUUCAUCAAGGUAACGGAGAAACUAAAAGGAAAGUCGCAUGUUGAUUCUUUGAAAGAAGAUCUAGUUUCAGAAACCCUUAUAAAAGAUUUAAGGGAGAAAUUGGCAGAGCUAAAAGAAGCGUUCGAAUUCAACGGCGAGAAGUUAUAUCUAACGUGUCCGAAAUUGUUAAUUUUCAGUGAGUUUGAUACUGUACUCCCAGUAUCAUCAGUCAAACCUUAUCCACAUCAAGCCAGAGUAUGUAAAAUACUGGAGGAAAACCUUGACAAUGGAUGUUAUAUUAUGUACCGUGCUAUCACUAAUGCAGGUAAAACUACUACCAUUGCAAUGUUGGCUGCUACGGUCCAGAAGAUCAGAAAUACUCGGCAUGAAAAAGACCCCCUCGCUAAGCUGACGAUCAUUUUCUGCUGUAACAUAAAGACUGUAACAAGUGCUGCUGGUCUGUGGCUGCAAAACACUACCCACAUCAGCUCAAUCCCUGAUCUCCCGUUCGCUAUAGCAUUUGAAAGGCCUGAGACCCGAGAAUUAGUGAUUCGAAACAGCGCAAUGAUUAGACCAGAAUCAGAAAACAGACUUGUAAUUAUCUGCUCUCCUCAUAUUGCUACGAGAAUAAUGAGAGAACGUAGUGAAACCCCAUACAUCUUGUUCCAUGAUGAACCAACUUCAGGAGCUGAAAAUCGGGAAAGCAGAAACCUGACCAAAAAUGUUGAAGUAUUGAUGUGCCCUCCUAGAUGGACAAUCGUGUCUUCCGCCACCCUUCCCACAGAGGUCGAAUUCGACCCGUUUUUAAAGAAGUUCAAAAGAAUGAACCCCUCGGGUCACAUUGAAAAUGUAGCUUCUGCCAAAAUAAACAUAGGCUGCGACAUAUAUUCCCAUAAUGGUACCUCAUUCUUGCCCCACUUGGGUAGUGGUUCAACGGACGAACUUACCGAAUGUUUGACAAAUAUAAAGGACAACAUGUUCCUGAGCCGUUCGUACACUCCCUUGUCCGUGUCAGAGCUGUGUAACUUCGCCACGGAGUAUGAAGUACCUGGCGUACCAAAGAUUGGCGAUCACUUUUCCAAAAUAGAUAAUCUCAGUGCCGAUGCAGUGAGAUUAUUCGGGCUCAAGAUUUUGGACCAAGUAUCAAAAACUGACGACUCUACGACCAAAGAAAUAUGCUCCAAACCCAUUAAAUGCUCCGGAAGGAGUGUAGAAUUUGCUAACCUUGGCACAACAAGUGCUUCUAAGUUUUCCCAGAUGAGUCUUAUUGCUAGUGGAAAUCCGUUAGAUUUUGCUCUGGAAGCAUUCGCCGACUACAUUGAAGAAAUCAACGAUACUAAGGUGUACAGUAUUGAGAAGCUUGUAUCUCAAUAUUGGAAAGUUCAAGAGCAGUGGUCGAGCGAGAUCGAGAAGAUAAAGAAGCGAAAGAAAAAACCCCAAGCCUUAUCGAAAAGACGAAACUCCACUGGAGAGGUAGUAGAGAUAGAAAAACAAGGAACAGGCGACUAUGGUCAACAAGCGAUGGAUCUGGUUGCAAACAAACCGUUCCUGUCCUUCCCAAAAUACUAUCAAAUUAACACCCGACUGCACGCUAAAAAAUUCUCUCCGAACGGUAAAGUUGAUGUGGAAAGGAUCCCCAAUCGUGAUUUUAGUUUUCUGAUUGAGAAAACUGUGAAUGCUCCUGAAGAUGUUUUGCUUCUAUUAUGUUGUGGUGUGGGAAUAUAUGCUCCUGAAGAUUCUAGAGUCAACAGUGGCGGUUACCUCGAGCAAGUGAUAUCACUAGCACAAACAGGAAGAUUGGCGUAUCUGGUAGCGGACCAUAACAUAGCAUACGGAGUUAACUUCCCCUUCUCCCGGACGAUAGUGUGUGAUGAUUUCACUGCAGAACAUAGCAUGAACACCGUCUUUCAACUCAUGUCUCGAGCAGGUCGUGUUGGUCAGAGCUGGUUUGCUGAAUCCUUCGUAUCAGACGAAGUGGUGAGUACAAUGAGAGACUAUUCUCACUCCGAUAAGUCACCCGAUGGUCAGGUAGAGAUUAAGAACAUGAUAAGUGUAGCACGGGAAAUAACUCUGCGGGAACGCGAAAAGCAGCGAUCAGCCCGCUAGGAUAUAGCCAUAGGGGGGGGGGGGGGGGGGGGUCUCUUGUGAUCGGCGAACUCUUGUUUUAGGGACAAUUUGUAUCAUUGUAAAUUUUGCAUGAUCUAUGUAACAUUGAUAUUCUCAUUUCUCGAGCGAUAAUAUAUCUAGAAAAGGUUGAACUCUGUUCGAUCAAGCUUAGCUGAAAUGUGCCUAAAAUUAAAUAUGCGCAGAUUGGAAAGGAAAUAGCUAGACUUGUUAAUCAUGAGCCAGGAUAUGGUUUAAAUCAUGAUCCAUAAUCCAUUGUUUCAUUCAUCUUCAUUUUUAACUGUUGUUGAUUUAGAUCGAGUUUAUUUUCUUUAUUUUGUAUGUGUUGUGUAAAGUUAAUUUUUAGUGUUUAAAUGUGACUUAAUUUGUAAAAGGGUAUUGUAAAAAAGAAUUCUUUUGCAUAUAAUAUAGUCAGUACAGACUAACUUCAAAGUUUAGGUAGCAUUUCCUGCCGCUUGCAUCUUUUAGAUGAUCGACUAUAUCGACUAUACUGUGACCUGUGUCCAUACUGUAUAUCGUAUCUCAAAUUCAUUUAAAUUAUGUGUGGAUUUAUAAUUAUAUUGAUUUUAUUACCAUUUACUGACUAAUUAAGUUUAUCUUAGAUCAAACUUGGAGUAAAAUAGAAUCGAUAGAAUUAGAUAGUUUUGAGAACCAUAAUUGCGAUAGCACCUGAUUCAUGAAUGUAAAUGGUACCUACUGCAAUUUUCUAUUACUAUAAAGUUUGCUACUGAUGGGGAGAUAAUGCAUGUAAAUUUGUUGUAACGGAUGACCCUGACAAUUACGCAUUUGAUUUGUCGUUAAAAAUAUUUUCUGCUAUAAA